AUGUGCUUAGCACAGACCAUACUUGGCUUCUCUGCUGAUGCCAAAUCGGUUCGAAAGACGCAGGGAUUUCUCUUUAAUCUCCUUGCUGUUGCUGUUAGUACAGGGGAUGGGGUGGUUUUGGCAUCGAAUGACUCGGCGGAAGGUCUUCUGGAGGGGCUCUUGAAGAUAUUGGAGGACUUCCUCGAGGAUUCCCAAUGUUGUGAAUUAAUCGCUUCCCCAAGCAACAACAUUGAUUCACUUCCAUUCUCCCCAAGUCACGAUGACCGUACUAGACAAACUAUCGCUCAGGCGUAUUGUGCGCUGAAAGUUUUAUCUGAACUGGCAAAGAAUUCGGCGAACAAGGGGCGCAUGUUUCUUCGCAGAGACGUCUUAAAGCUUCUUGCUCAGAUGUUGAGAUGCGAAAACCUGUACCAUGCAUUUUUGACGUGUACCCUAGAGACUGUUUGGCUCGGUUCUUCUUUCUUGUCCGCAAAAAAUCAUGGAAAGACACUCCAAAUUCUAACCGAAGGACUUCUUCGCAUACUUGAAACGUCGACUUCACUCAACGCAACCAGCACUGAUUUUGAAAAUCUAUCCAAAGGAGUCUCUCAUCCUGCCCCAGAUUUCAGCAUCUCCGGAAAAGUGCUUUCGAUACUUUCUACUUGCUCUCCGGAAUGGGGACUGCCUGAUAUGCUUGUGCGGAGAUUCCUGAAAGACAUAUCCAGAUUGCUCUUCCUUCAGCACAUGGUCGAUGUUCUGGAAUCUGUUGCCGAGAUAUGCUUAAAUCUGGCCACUGGGUUCCCAAAAAUAGCUGGGACUCACGAAGAGUUCAUCCCUGGAGUUCUUCAGCUCCUCCACAGCGGGAAGUGUCUUGAUCUUGCCGUUGAGACGUUGUGUCAUAUUCUCCCGGCUCACUCGCUGGAAGCAUACAGAGAUGAAAUCCGAAGGUUGUGCGAGCGACAGCUUCUCUCUGAUACUCAGGUUCACUCCCUCUCCGAAUUGCUUGAGGACUUGAUCAGCGGCCCUGGUUCUACCAGAACUCUAGUCCACGUAAGCAGUUGCGCAGAGAAUGACGACAAGGAAACCUUUGUUGAGUCCAAUAUUGGCAAUGACCGAAAAAGCAAAAAUGGGAAGUAA